AUGCCCAACAACAACAAAGGAGGCGACAAGCCGUUUCGUUGCGCUUCAGGUAACGAGUGGAAGCCCUGGGACAUGUUCUCCAAGGCCCAACAGAGAAACACCCGCUACUUGAUAGACUCUGGUCAAAAGGUUGAUCCCGAAAACACCGGAAUGAUCUGCAAAGAACAUAAUUCAACUACCGUUUUGGAGCAUGAGUGCUGUGCCUGCAACCGAAAACUCCCAUAUGCCGCCUUCUCCUCGAACCAGCGCAGGCUUGAGGAUUGGCGAUGCCUCCAAUGUGUCGCAUGGGAUACAGUCGCGGAGCCCUCGGUGAUUCCGAUGCCCAAAGCAACGGGUCAUAUCUCCGUAGAGGAAGAAGAGAUGAUGAGCCAAGGUUACAUUGCGCCAGUUGAGGUUGCCCAAUUCUUCGAUGAAGAUGAUCUCCCUGGGGCACCAAUCACUUCACCCGAAUCCCUUGGCUUAGACCCAAACAACGAAGAUGACAACAAGGUCUUCAACGAAGUCGUUCGAGGCUCAUCUCAGGCAAUUCACUACUCUACGACCCAAACUUUUACGUCCGCAACAUCCAGUGUGGCUGGCGACAACAUGUCAACAACUUCUAGCCGUGCUACACUGCCCCCUCAUCUCCACAAAUUGCUGCCAAAGCGUCUCGCAAGCAUGUCUAUUGAUGAAGACUCUGUAUCCUCGAACGCAAAGGUUGUUCUUCCACAAGUGUCUCAGAAUGCAAGCGAUUUCCCUCCUCACCUUCGCGGCCUCAAAAUAGCCCAGCGAACUGCCACCUCAAGCAUCACCGGUAGUGUUUCGACUGCAACAACUCUCCGCAAGGACAAGGAGGAAGAGGCUGCCGCCCGCAAGAUCACCUUCAACGCUUGGGAUCCUACGGGUCAGAGACACACUGCGUCCAAGAACCCAACUGUCAUGUCCAGCUCAGCAUCCGAAGUAUCAACUACCGAAGGAAGCGACCAGGGUGCUAAGCUCGCAGACGGCUGGGACGACAUCCCUCCCAUGAAGGGAGUCUCAACCCGACGUGAGGACAGGUGGGGGAAUGGACAGGAAAAUCGUAUCUCACAGGCCGACCUCAGAAGACAGCAACAGGCCAACUUUCAUGCCAGCAACAAGUGGCAGAAGAAGAACGAUCGCUACUUCACUCAGCCUCACAUCACGGAGCAAGCUGAGAACUUGUCCGGGCGCCAGCGAUCGAGCCACUCCACGCAGAGUCGCAACAUGUUUGACGCCCUGAGCAACUAG